GAGCCGCAAUGACGCACUGGAAGCGGAUUGGCCCGCGGGGCGCGGCGGGUGACGGACGCGGCGCUGAUUGGCCGAGCGGGCGGUGCGGGAUGCGGAAGGAGGGGGAAGGGGAAGGGGAGGCGGCGCCGCGGAGCGAUGGCGGCGGGGGCCGCGGGCCCGUUCAGCCUCCGCGAGGUUCUGGACGCCUUCCGGAGGUGCGUGACGGAGCAGCGGGAGGUGCUGCUGGAGCCCUACCUCAGCGGCUGGCGGGGGCUCAUCCGCUUCCUGCAGAGCCUGGGCGCCGUGUUCUCCUUCAUCUCCAAGGACGCCGUGGCCAAGGUGGCUCUGCUGGAAGGCCACCAGCAGCAGCACGGCUUCGUGUCGCUGCAGUCGCUGGUGCAGCACGAGCUGGCGGCGGGGCCGGCGGCGCUGCGGGCGCGGCCCGACUCCGGCUGCCGCACGGUGCUGCGGCUGCACCGCGCCCUGCGCUGGCUGCAGCUCUUCCUCGAGGGGCUGCGCUCCGGCGAGCCGCGCACCUCCGUGCUCUGCACCGACGCCUACAACGCCUCGCUGGCCCAGCACCACCCCUGGGUGGUCCGCAAGGCCGCCACCGUGGCCUUCUGCACGCUGCCGUCCCGAGAUGCGUUCCUGGAGAUCAUGAACGUGGGCUCGGCCGAGGAGGCGGUGGCCAUGCUGGGAGAGGCCAUCCCCUACAUCGGAGAUGUCUACGGCAUCACUCAGGAGCUCUUCGCUCAGCACAAGCUGUUAGACCUGCCCUGACGGGUGAAAAUGACACUUUUGCACAAGCCUUCGCCUCUCUGGCCCUGGUUAUUUCCGCUUUUUGUUUCCAGCGUGGAGAUGGAAAGUUGGUCAAACGAUUCCACUUUAUAAACGUGGAGCGGUUCUUUUUUUACAUCUCUCAGUUCUUUUCUUACAUCUUUAAAGUUAGAAAAAAAAUUCCACGUUAUGUUGAGCUGCUAAGGGAAUUAUUUUUUUUAUUCUUACCUUACAGCAUCACCCAGGAGCUCUUCGCUCAGCACAAGCUGCUCGACCUGCUCCGACAGCGGUGCUGGGGUGAAAAUGACAUUUUUGCACAAGCCUCUGGUUCUCUGUCUGUGGUUAUUUCCCCUUUUUCUUUCCAGCCUGGAGCUGAGAAAUUGGCAGAACGAUUCCAUAUUACAAAUGUGGACCAGUUCUUUUUUUACAUCUCUGUAGUUAGAAAAAAAAAAAAUCCACAUUAGGAUGAGCUGCUAAGGGAUUGAUUUGUUUUAGUCCCACCUUAGAGCAUCACCCAGGAGCUCUCUGGCUGCUCCACCUGCCCUGAUGAGUGAAAAUGACAUUUUUGCACAAGCCUCUGGUUCUCUGUGCUCAUUUCCACUCUUUCUUUCCAGCCUGGAGCUGAUAGCCAAGUUAUUCCACUUUAUAAACAUGGAAUAUUUUUUUACACCUUUUUUUUAUUACCUCUGUCAGUUAAUUUUUUUUACGUAGAAAAAUAAUCCCACAUUAGGAUGAGCUGCUAAGGGAUUGAUUUUUUUAUUCCCAGCAAAGCUGGGAAAGGUUUUUCUCCUCGAGCCCAACUGCAGCAGCCUCAGUGCAUUUGCAGCAAUAUUUGUGGCCUUGUGUGGCAGCACAAGCUGGAGCUGUGCUGUGUGAGCUCAUUUCCACCCUUGGUUUGGACAGGAAUCCCCCGAGGAUGGAAUGCUGAGGAAUGCCCUGGGGGAGCUGCAGGAGGUGGGGCUGGAUGGAGGAGAGGACGUUCCUGGAGCAGGAUCCAGGCAGCAGCAUUUCCCUGUGCCCCUUCCCUGUUCAGCACAUGGCUCCGCACUGGGAUGUGCAGCAAAUC